CUUCUUGCUUCCCUUCCCGUCUCUUCAUCUACGGCGAUUCAUCCUUAGUGGCCUGUGCCAUGUCAUCUGACAUUCAGAAUGGCGCGAAGCUAGCACAGAUGCUUGAUGACACCUCAGCUCGCCGUCGGGACGGCCCUGAAGGAAAGGAAGACGAGGAGGACGAAGGCGAGUACGGACAGCCAUCUGCCUCUAAUGUGACUGGUGCGGAGGAUGAGGCAAGCUCAGACGAGGAGGGCGACAGUGGAGAUGAGGGCGAUGGGGACGCAGCAGAAGGUAUAGAUGAUGACGAGCUCGUAGCCCUCAGGAAGGAGGCAGAGGAAGGAGGAGAAAGCGCGAAUGCAAGUGGCGCGACUUUGGGUAGGGGCAAGAGAAGGAGAGCAAAGGAGGACGUUGGUAAAGAAGAUGCCAAGAGGGUCCCUUCUGUGGGCAAGACGGCUGCCGACGAAGCAGCUUGGGCAUCGUUUCAGGCCGGGACAGAUCACGACGCCUCUAGCUCAUCCUCUAGAACCUCGGCGGCAGCUUCGACAGAGGCGGCAGGCCAGCCGCUCAUUAAGGUCAUCGAUCGCAUCAGAUUCGCAGGCGAAGAGACGACCCGGGAGCGCCUACUUCCGGCCGAUCACCCCGAUACAGUCGCCUUCCUCAAGAAGCAGAAGCAGGCACCGACCAGCAGCGGCAGCAUGGUCUCCCCUCAGCCGCUGUCUACCUCCUCGACAUCGUCACCGUCAGCGCCGCAGCCGCAGCCAGCCUCAUCUUCCUCGUCGAGUUCGCGCCCGCCAGCGCCAGCUGCGCGCAAGAAGCGCACUUCCAAGCUUGCUGCCCUCGCAUCUGCUGCUGGUGAUGGGGAUGCAAAGAAGAUGAACACGCUCGAGAAGAGCAAGAUGGAUUGGGAAGGCUGGAAGGGGGCGGGUAGCGGCGGUGCUCCAUCAGGUACGGCGGCGUCAGGGAAGGCGCUGAGCGAGAGGGAGAGAGAAGAGAUGGAAAGUCAAACGAAGGAAGGAGGAGGUGCUAAGGGAGGCAGUAUGGCUGGGUAUCUGGGCAGACGAGACUUCUUGGAAAGGGUCAAGGAUCGGACGAAUGGAUGAGAGAGACGCCCGCGUACGCAGCUGGUAUGCCAUCUAUUCCACUCCACUUUCCUGCUCCUCUAGACCUUCAAAUACCCCUUCUCAACCAAGUACUGGCUAAUAAUCCUCACACUCUCCUCGACGCUCGUCUUAUCCGCAUCGAUGUGAAUCUCAGCCUUCUCCGGCUUCUCGUACGGGGCCGAGAUGCCGGUGAACUCCUUGAUCUCUCCGGCGCGGGCCUUCUUGUAUAGGCCCUUGGGGUCACGCUUCUCGCAUUCUUCGACCGAGGCAUCGAUGAAGACCUCGAUGAAGGGGAGAGGCGGGUUGUGCGCUGCGUGCAGGGAGCGGGCAAGAUCGCGGUCUGCGGAGUAGGGGGAGAUGAAGGAGGUGAUGGUCAGGGUAGAGGAAGAGGAAAAGAGAAGGGAAACC